GACUGGUUUGAAGGGAAGAGAACUGUGUAUGAACUAAUUCUUACCCUCUGCACUCUCUUCAUCUAGAUCCUGUCUUCAAAGUGUCUAGUCCCUCUCUUCCUUUGUGAACCACUCAAGUGCUCAGGCUGUUUGAUCCCACUAUUGGCCGAGUCACCUCGUGAUUGGUGUGGCACUGGGCAGGAGGCUCUAUCGUUGUGUGUUCUCCUCACCUGUAACUCAACACUCAGGCAGCGAGGAGAUGUGCACCUAUACUGAAGUAAUGCAUGUGCCAUUUAGAAUAAGGAGAACAGACACUAUGCUCUCAAAUUGACAGCCAGGUUGCCAUAUCUAGUAAGGAUUUGAUAUUAAUGACAGUCGUUUGUCUGGUGUGAGGUUCAUGGGCAGAGGGGGCAGAAACCAAGGUCUGCCUAGGGCUUUGAACUCGAAACACCUUUACUCCUGGAUGAAAAGGAGCGAUGGUAGCUGUGGCUUACUCAGAGCCCAGGAGAGAUGGAAGGACAGGUGGAAGCGAGUGCAAGGUGUGAAUCUGGCCAACCCUCCCUGUACUCAGAUCAGGACCGUCACCUUCUGGGUGUGGGUGUGGUUGGUGACAAAAGUCCCUGGGGCUGGUUUGCCGGUGGGCAUCAUGGGCGCUCUUAGGAGUAGACCUGGCUGGAACAAUCGGAAGCGAGGUGGAGGUUGGGGAGGGAGGAGCCCCAAGGCUGGGCGUCUGAACCCCACGACCGCUACCUCCCUCCUUCGCUGCGUCUUUGUGCAUUUCGCUUCCUUUAGCAGCCAAAGCUCUUCCGAGAAUCUGCAAAGGGACCACGGCCAAGUGGAGGGGGAGGAUCCUCCCACGCCGGGGAGACCGAAGGGCAUCGCUCCCCGCGCCGCGCCCGCUGCUGAGCCCGGAGUGCGGACACCCCAGGGAUGUGAGUGCGCCCCCGACCCUGAGGCCCGCACUUCACGCCCCGAUUCGCGGCCUGCGCCCCAGAGGACCCCUGCCUGCAGCCCCCGCGCCUCUCUCAGGCCCUCUCAGAGCAUGCUGCCUGCAGCCAUGAAGAGCCUCGGCCUGGCGCUGCUGGCACUGCUGCUGUGCCCCUCGCCGGCCCAUGGCCUGUGGUGCCAGGACUGCACCCUGGCCAAUUCCAGCCAUUGCGCCCCGAAGCAGUGCCAGCCGACCGACACCGUUUGUGCCAGCGUGCGGAUCACCGACCCCAGCAGCAGCAGGAAGGAUCAUUCUGUGAACAAGAUGUGUGCUUCCUCCUGCGACUUCGUUAAGCGGCACUUUUUCUCAGACUAUCUGAUGGGGUUCAUUAACUCUGGGAUCUUAAAAGUCGACGUGGACUGCUGCGAGAAAGAUCUGUGCAACGGGGCAGCAGCAGCGGGGCGCAGCCCCUGGGCCCUGGCUGGGGGGCUCCUGCUGAGCCUGGGGCCCGCUCUCCUCUGGGCUGGGCCCUGAGGCCCCUCCCUCACCCCUCCCUCCCUCCUGCAGGGCUUUGGAGCUUGUCCCCUGAGGCUCCUGCUGCCCCUCCCCAGCCUGGCCUGGCUAGGGCUGAGACAGCAAGGUCUUGGUAUCAAGGUCUGUGGCUCUCCACCUCCCUAGAUGUGAGCCUUCUCCAUUUCUCCAGCAGCUCCAUAUCCCAGGCAGCUGGACAUCUCCAGGAGACCAGACAUCCUGGCAGGAAGCUGGGGUGGGGGGGGGAGGGGGAGGGCAGGGGACUGGGACCCUCCAGGUCCCCAAGGGGAGGGAGGCUAAGCCCGGGGCAGCCCAACAGCCUGGCCUGAGGGGCAUUAACUACAGAGAAAUAAAGUCACUUCUGAGUCUUGUG